GUGAGCACUGUCACGUACGCAGAGAAACCGGAUCUCGAUCGGCAGUGCUCAAAUUCAGGGCUCGCGGAGUGCAUCCUGCGCGUCGUAUUUUAGUUUCACGUUCUUUAACAAUAAUAGUGUUUUAUAAAGAAAAAAGUGUAAACAUGGUUUACUGCACUGUGUGUUUGAACAAUAAUAGAACGAAGAAGAACAUUUCAUUUUUCAACUAUCCCAAAGACUCCACUAGACGACAGGAGUGGUUAAAAGCUGUUGGGCGAGAAGACCUCCUUUCAAAACUUGCUGACGAAAAAACAAGACAACAGUACAGAGUCUGUGAGGUUCACUUCGAGCCAUCCUGUUUUAAAUAUUCUAAAAACAAAAAUGUAAAAUAUUUAUUUGAUACUGCUCUUCCCACACUUAACUUGCCGAGCAAUCCUGGAACGUCUUCGAGUUCAAGCCAGUGUGAGAAAAUAAUAUAUGUACAAGAGAGACAGAACAUUCAAUUUACACCUAUUGCUCAGAUAUCUUCAAAUUUAAAAAUACCUUUAAGGAAAAGAGAUAUUUUGAGAGAUCAAAAGCAAACUUGUGAAAGAAAAUCAGUGCAUACAACGCUUCUCCUUUCAGCGGAUGACACUGAUGACGCGCCGGUGGAGCACCAGGACAUAAUUUGCAACAACUGCAGUAACACGAUCAUCGGCUUCAGAUACAAGUGCGUCACGUGCGUAGACUACGACCUGUGUCCGAAAUGUGAGAUGUCUGAAACUCACGCUCAACACUACAUGCUGAGGAUACCGAGGCCUACCAAAUUUAAAAUCGUCGAUGACCUAACAAAGAAGUGGAAAGAUUUCUUUAAAGCGGAGCACAUUCGACCAGAUUGCAGAGAAACCACCGAUUACUCCUCGUGCGACAGUAGUGAUGACGAACCCAUCACCAAAUACUCUAAGCAGUAUGACAGUGGCGUGGACUUGUCUGAAGAUGUGAAAGAAACCUUACGGAAAGAGGUGGCUAGGGUGCUGAAAAUCAAAGACUUUAGCAAAACGAAGAAGGCUAGAGAAAAAACUUUGUUGAAGAGGAGUGCAGGAGGAACUGCAACUCAUCCAAUCAAAAAACAAAAAGCAGAUCCGCUGCCUGUCACAGACAAAAUAGCGUCAACAGACUCGAGUGCAGGCCCAGCAGUGCCGGAAGUUGCGUUCGCAGACGUCAAUCAGCUCGGCGACCAGGUGGACGUUAAGUAUGAGGUCCCCAUGUCGUCUGGCAACAUUGAAGAUUUCGUCCAACCGAUGAUGCACGUAAAAUUGAGUGAUGAUCUCACAGAGCUCAUGAUUGAGAUGACCCAGAACGGCCAGAGGACGGUUUACAAAUACAGUGAUUAGCGUUGAUCUAUUAAUGUAUGCUUGUAACUAGUGCGGGCAAUUAAAAACAGCGGCGAUCAAUGUUUAAGCAUUACCGUUUAGUUUUUGAAGUCCGUAAUUAUUUCAAUAAUAAUGAGAAAAGCAUUUAAAAUGAAGGGAAAAUUUUCAGAUAAGUGUGCAUAUAUACCUUAUCUGCAAUGAAUUCACUUUGAGCAUGUUUAUAUCUGUAUAUUGAUCUGAGUUAAUAAUAUUUUUUUAUAAAAGUUAUGAACAUUUUUUUUAUUUUUUAUUUAUUAAUUGUAAAUAAUCAGAAUUUAUUUAAUUUUCUUGUAAAUUGUAAUAAUAUAAUUUAAACAUUGUAAUAAUAGAAUUAAAUAUAAGUAAAAAUAAUUAAAUAAAUGAAGUUCUGACGUAA